AGCAAACUGUUUGUUCGAGACUACAGUGGAUAAAGACACACGGGCAGCAAUUGGAGAUUUACACGACGUUUCGCCUGUUUCACAAGCUAAAAUUUUGAGCCCAGGAAAUAAAACUGAAGAUUGAUCUUCCCCCAAACACAGCUAGAUAAAAGUUUGCUGAAAUGGGCGAGGAGGCUGAUUUCGACAAGAAGAAAGGUCAUGCUCAUCGUCACUCAGGACGAAAAGCAGAGAAAAAGGCUGCUAAGGACAAACAUGUUCAAGAACUGACAGCUCAGCAACGCAAUCCCAAGGCCUUUGCUUUUCAUUCUGCAGUUAAAGCUCAAAGAAAGUUUGUAAGAUCCCAAGAUAUUAAAUCCAAAAAGCAUCACAUACCAUUGGUUGAUCGUACACCAUUGGAACCCCCUCCUGUAAUCGUAGCUGUUGUAGGAGGGCCCAAGGUUGGAAAAUCGACCCUCUUGCGAUGCUUGAUAAAAAAUUUUACAAACCAAAGAUUCUCCAACAUAAAUGGACCUGUUACCAUUGUGGCUGGUAAAAAGAGAAGGUUAACUUUUAUAGAAGUAAACAAUGAUAUCAACUGCAUGAUUGAUAUUGCAAAAGUAGCUGAUGUUAUUCUAAUGCUCAUUGAUGCAACAUUUGGAAUUGAGAUGGAAGUCUUUGAAUUUCUUGAGAUUUGCCGAGCUCAUGGUACUCCACGCAUAAUGGGGAUUUUAAAUCAUUUGGAUAUGUUAAAGGACAAUAAGGCUCUGAAGAAGAAAAAGAAAGCACUAAAGCACAGAUUUCAGGUAGAGCUUUACCCUGGUGCUAAGCUUUUUUAUCUCUCAGGUCUAAUCCGUGAUGAGUACCUGAAAAAUGAAAUGAAGAAUCUAGGGCGCUUUAUUUCUGUGCUGAAGUUCCGUCCCUUGAUAUGGCGUACUUCUCAUCCUUUUGUCCUUGUUGAUAGAUAUGAAGAUAUCACCAAUCCUGAGACUGUCAGGAUUAACCCUAAGUGUGACCGGGAUGUUGUGCUAUACGGUUAUGUACGUGGCAUACCUUUCCAGAAAUCCCAAAUGGUCCAUAUUCCAGGUUGUGGAGACUGUAAGAUAAAAGACCUUAGCUACUUACCUGACCCAUGUCCACUUCCUGAACAAUUGAAGAAAAGGUCACUUAAUGCCAAGGAGAGACUGACAUAUGCACCAAUGUCAGGAGUAGGUGGCGUAGUAUAUGAUAAGGAUGCAGUCUACAUUGAUCUUGGAAACUUCCAUCAUGGAAACAAAGCCAGAAAUAAAAGUGAAGACAGUGAAGAGGAGGAAGAUAAUGUUCUUCAGCCACUGUUAGACCUCCAGAAAACUACAGAUGAAAAGCAAGCUCAGAGUAAAAUACAACUGUUUCCCCAGUCACAGUUAAUUUCAAAUGAUGAUUUGGAAGAUGAUAAUGAAAAUGAAGAUAAAGAUGGUGUAAUCACGAAAUCAGGAAAUGGGCUUCCACCAUAUGAAACAGUGACUGACAACACUGGCAGGGUCAGAAGACGAGCUAUUUUCUCUGAUAACUUGGAGGAUGCGGAAAAUGGUGAUGAAUCAGGCAGUGAGGAUGAUGAUGAGGAUGAGGAUGUAGAAGAUGAGGAUGUAGAAGAUGAUGAUGAUGAUGAAACAGAAAAUGAAGAAGAGGAUGAUCAUGCAAUAGGUCCCCUUAGAAAAAAAUUCAAGAAUGGUUUAUCUCAUAAGAAGAGAAACCAAGAUUAUGGCCAGGAUAGUGAUUCAGAUGAUUAUGAUUUGGAUGGAGACUUGCAAGAUGUCAACGCUUUACAAAGUAUUGAUGGAAACAUAAAAAGUCGUGUUGACUCACAUAUGACACAAGUGAGGAAAGGCUCAGGGUCAAAGCAGCAAAUUCCUGGUAUAAAAUCUAACAAGGAUUCUGAUGUAACUGCAAAGAUUCAAGGACUGUUAGAAAAAAUAAACAAAUCAGGUCAAAACCCAAAGCAAAAAGCCAUAAGUGAUGAUAGUGGCUUCAGUAAUGAGGAAAAUGAUAGUGAUGAUUUAAUAGAUGAUUGCAAGGAUGAAAUAGAGGGUUCUGAUGGUUUACUUCAAGAUAAUGGAUUAAAUGUUAAGCCACCUAAAAAUCCUGAGACAGUUGAUAAUGAUUCAGAUGAUUCAGACAGUGAAGAAGAGAAUGACAAAUUAGAAUACCGUAGUGAGAUGUUAAAACAAGCAACAGAGAAUUUUUACAAGAAUCAAAGUACAGUGUCUUAUUUAAGGAAAUACAUUUAUGGUGAAGUCAGUGAUGAUGAAAAAGGCUCUGAUGAAGCAGUUGAAGAAGUUGGUGGACUCUUUAAACGACCUACAGUGCCAAAAUCCAACACUAGCGGGCCUACUUCUCGUGCAGUCUCAGAUGCUGUAGACACUAGCCGUUACAUCCCUCCUGUUCUUAGAAACUGGAGUGUAGAGGAGCUUCAGAACAGUAUUCGCAACUGUUUUGUAACUGGACAGUGGAGUGAUGAUAAGGAUGCUGAAACUCUCCUAAAGAUGGAUGAUGAAGACCUCUAUGGAGACUUUGAAGAUCUUGAGACAGGAACAAAAAUUGUUGGAACUCCUAAGGAAAAUGAUGAUGAUGGAAAAGUUAAUGAAGAUAAUCUUCCAGAAACCAAGAAAGAAUUGUCAGCAAGAGAAAAGCUUUUAGAAAAGAAGAGACGCCUGAAAGAGAUGUUUGAUGCCGAGUAUGAUGACAAGGGCACUGGUGAUUACUUUGAUUCCCUCAAAGCAGAAAUGAAUCAACAGGCUCAGUUAAACCGUCAGGAAUUUGAAGGACUUGAUGAUGACCAGAGGGUACAGUAUGAAGGCUAUCGUCCUGGCAUGUAUGUUAGAAUGGAGUUUACUCGUUUUCCAUGUGAAUUCAUCACUAACUUUGAUCCCAGUUACCCAGUCAUUGUUGGGGGAUUGCUUGAAAACGAAACCAACAUGGGAUUUAUCAGGGUCCGUAUUAAGGUUCAUCGCUGGUAUCCCAAGAUUCUUAAAAAUCGAGAUCCUCUCAUCCUCUCUUUGGGCUGGCGGCGUUUUCAGACUUUAAUGUACUAUGCCAAGAGAGAAGACAACUUUAGAAUGCGCUCAAUGAAGUAUGCAAGGAAGUAUUUGCAUAUCGAAGCAAUGUUUUGGGGACCAGUAACUUUUGUCAACACAGGAUUUGUGGCUUUGCAAAAUAUCACAGAUAGAGUGCCUGAAUUUCGCAUUGCUGCUAAUGGUGUAGUUUUGGAGACAGACCAGAGUUGCAAGAUAGUUAAGAAACUCAAGUUGUUGGGCAACCCAGAAAAUAUCCUGAAGAAGACAGCCUUCAUCAAGGACAUGUUUCAUACUGAGACAGAAGUUGCAAAGUUUGAGGGAGCAAAGAUUCAGACACAGUCUGGAAUCCGUGGAAUCAUAAAAAAAUCCAAGGGCCAAAAAGGAUUAUUCAGAGCUACUUUUGAGGACACAAUAAAAAUGAGUGAUGUGGUUGUACUCAAAACAUGGGUUCCAGUGGAGAUGGUUCAGUAUUGUUAUUCUGUCCAUACCCUUCUUCUGCCUCCUAGUGAGAAAGCUGCCUGGCAGGGCAUGAGAACUGUUGCUCAACUCAAAAAGGAUAAGGGCAUCAGAACCUUACCCAACCCCGACUCCUUGUACACGCCUAUCACCAGCCGUCGUGAGUACAUUCCUCAGCCACUAAGGAUUCCCAGAGAACUUCAGAAAGCCUUGCCAUACAGUGAAAAGCCAAAGAUUACUCCAAGAAGCAAAAAAGAACAGCGUGUCAUUGUUGUCAAGGAUGCCCAUGAGAUUCAAAUGGAUACCUUUAUGAAGAGGUUGAAGACUAUGAUGGCAGAUAAAAUACAGAAGGAAGAGAAGGCUAAUUUAGAACGUAAGAAGAAAUUCAAAGCUGACAUUAAGGCUCGUGAACACACGAGACAGGUCAGAGAGAAACGAAAGAAAGCAGCAGCAUGUAGAUUAACCAGCAAGAAACAAGGCAAGAAGAGCAUUGUUUAAUAUUGUAAGGAAUAAAUAAAAAUAUUUACUGUAA